UGUCGUCUGCUUGCCAAGAGCUAUACCGAUACCUACUGGCGGUUUGUAAAAUCUAUACGCGUCUGAACGGCCUGAACCGAUUACCGGGGAAAAAAACAAUUCGCAAGAAUGUUGGAAAUUAACAGUGAUUUUAUUUUUAGAAGCGUGUUUGCGUUUCUUUGGUUAGAGUUCACGUGGGAGCUGUAUCUGUCAUACCGUCAGCACCAAGUAUACAAGAAAAGCAGUAAACCACCCCCAGAACUGGAAAAACAUUUCAACAGUGAAACGUUUCAGAAAGCAAGGCUAUAUGGGCUCGAUAAGAGUGGCUAUGGUAUAGUACAUGGCCUGUUCAAUCAAAUAUUCUCCACAGUCCUUAUUUUGCUGAAUGGGCAUGCUUAUUUCUGGAACCUCUCACACUCAGCAUUGUUAUCAUUAAAUCUACCUGCUGAUAAUGAAAUUCUAACAAGUAUGGUGUUUACUGUCAUCUUGAGCUCUUUCAGUACCCUUGUCGAUAUGCCUUUCACCAUAUAUUACACCUUCUGGCUUGAAGAAAGGCAUGGAUUCAACAAACAAACACCAUGGUUUUUCAUUAAAGACACGAUAAAAAAAUACAUCGUCGGCAUGCUGAUCUCUCUACCCCUGGUGGCUGCCGUAAUUUUUAUAGUGCAAAGCGGCGGAGACUACUUUUUCCUGUAUUUAUGGAGUUUUGUUACGCUGGUGAUUGUACUUUUGAUGACAGUAUAUCCGGACUACAUUGCACCCUUGUUCGAUAAAUACAGCCCGCUGCCAGAAGGAGAAUUGAAGUCUGCCAUUGAAAAAUUAGCAGCUUCAAUUGAUUUCCCGCUGAAGAAACUUUAUGUGGUAGAAGGUUCCAAACGUUCCUCGCACAGCAACGCAUAUUUCUAUGGCUUCUUCAACAACAAAAGGAUUGUCUUAUUUGAUACUCUCAUAGAAGGAUACGUCAAGGAAGAGUCAGAGACAACGGAGAAAUCCGAGAAAGUUCUGAAGAAAGGAUGCAACAACGCUGAAAUCUUAGCCGUGCUUGGUCACGAGUUGGGUCAUUGGAAGUUGAACCAUGUCACCAAAAACAUUGUCAUUUCAGAACUGAAUAUUCUUUUCAUGUUCCUUGUUUUUAACUUGCUCUUCCAAUACCGACCGCUUUACGACGCCUUUGGGUUCCACGACAGCCAACCCAUCUUUAUCGGACUCUACAUCGUAACAUCGUACAUCUUCUCGCCCUACAACGCUAUUCUGUCAUUCUUGACGACAUUACUUAGUCGGCAUUUUGAGUUCGAAGCGGACCGCUUCGCCAAGAAACUGGGCCACGCCGUGAACCUCAAGUCUUCGCUCAUCAAGCUUAACUUGGACAAUUUAGGCUUUCCAAUCUACGACUGGUUAUAUUCUAGUUGGCAUCACUCUCACCCGACACUUCUCCAGAGAUUGAACGCCCUCGACAAAACGGAGUAGACAGUAGACCGGAUUCGCCUACUAACCAUUCAGUUUCAGCUUUGCCAUUGCACAGUUGCAUUCUGCAAAGUUCCCAACAAACUUCGUCGUCAUUUUUACUUCUUGUCCGAGCGGCUUACAGCAUUUUUCUUUGUGGUUAAAUGGGUAAUUCUGAUAAUAUGUGACGGAAACGGCAGUUAAAAGAUCGGACGGACCACUAAACGUAGCAAAGAAGUAAAGGUAUGUUGUGUGUUGUCAUAAUCUUGCUGGAAGACCGUUAUUUGUUGGCAAGUGUUAUACCAUUCCGAUUCUAGUCCAGCAUACAAAUUCGCAACGAAUGUAGGCCAAUGGGACUCCAAUACAAAUUGUCAGAAGUU